ACCAGGCCAGGUCACCUGCGCCACCCCUCGCGAUCCUGGGCUCCGGGCCGGAGUUCCAAUCCUCUCACGUCCAGGCCAUGGCGCAGGACAGGGACCUUGGAAUUGGGAGACGCGUGGAAACUUGAAGAGCAGCCCACUAUACCCCACUGCGUGCAGCAGGCUGAGCUUUCGAAGCCAGCAGGGAGCGAACCAGUCUUCACAACUCAGGUGGGCCAGGGCUCAGGAGGGAGAAGAUGGGGCAGGGAGCACCAGGGUCACCUCCGUGGUCCGCAGCUCUCUCUUCACCUCCGCCCCGCCAACUCUAGCCCUUCGGAGUUCUGGGACCACAAGCCCAUUGCGAGUUACUCUGAGAUAUUUGCAGCAUCGGUGGGCAAUGUGGAUUGGCUUCGGUUCUGUCUGAAUACUGAGUGCAAGGACAUCGCUGUGGACGACAAGGGCUUCACUGCCAUCCACUUGGCAGCCCAAAAGGGCAAUCUUUCAUGCAUUCAGCUCUUGAUAGAGGAGUGCAAGUUUCCUGUGGAUCUGCCCACGGAAAACACCCCCAUGCACCUCCUCAUCCACAGGGGCAACAAGUCAGAGGUCCUCUCCUGCAUUGACUACCUGCUCAAGAAAGGGGCAGUCAUCAACUCCCAAACAUGCAAUGGCUCCACACCCCUGCACCUGGCCACCUGUGAUGGUCUGCUGGGCUGUAUGAAAGUCCUGGUGCAGAGUGGAGCCAAUGUCCACACCCGAGAUGCCAUGGGCUACAAGCCCAUCGAUUACUGCAAAAUAUGGAACCACCACACCUGUGCCAGGUUCUUGAAGGAUGCCAUGUGGAAACAGGACAAGAAGGACUUUGCCCGAGAGAUGGGGAAACUGCAGAGCCUCAAAAAGCUGGUUAUCUUGGAGUACCACUACCUGAUAGAACUAAAAAAAGAACAAAGAAAUCUGAGAGAGGCUGAUUUCAGAAAGUGGCUCCAAGGCAAGCUGCUGUCCCAGUGCCACACCCUGGCCUCUGCUGAUUCUAAGCAAGAGGUUGGGACUGGACCUUGGUUCUUGGCCCUCUCCAACACUGUAGGGUCCCGUAUUUCCAGGAGCUUCCAUCCCUCUGUGGAAGCUCAACUGAAAAGCUUGCCCCAGCCUGUGGUGCCACCCAAGCCCAUCCACAAACAGCCCACCAUCAGUUGGCCCAAAUUGUGGAAUCUUAGCAAUAACCCCACCUCAUCUCUGACCACAAAGAUUGGCUGCCCACAGGGUAUCCGCCUGGGCAUGCACCCCGACCCCCAUCAGGAGCAUGACUUCCAAAGAUUCCUCGACAUGACUCAGAAUUCAUUUGGGGGUACGUGUCUGCACACAGUGAAUGGCCACUGGGUGACACCUGUACCCCAGGUGCCUUUCGAGGUGAUGAUCCGGGUGCCGUACCCAGGGAUGCAAUCCUACAGGAUGAAAGUGCCCCAGGGCUUGUAUCCCCUCAGCAUCCUCAACAUGCCUCAGAAGCAGCAUUUGGGUGACUCGUGGACCCACACAAUGGCCAUGAGCCUGCGUGAGACAUUUGGUAAACCCUUCCUGGCAGUUGUGGAAGUUAGCAGGGCUGGGGUUCUGAAGGCACUGCCCUCCAAGAGAGUUCUCACAUAA